GUGAGUCUCCUUGCAAUAAGGGCUGUAGUCCACAUACAGUUUGAGUCCACCUGACACCACAUCGGCAAAGGAACUUAACACAGCUCUUUAUUUGCAACUGGAAUAAUCGUUGUAGGGAAUAUUAUUUAGGGUUAGCCUACGGGCAAGAACUGCGGGUUAACACUUUGACCUCCUGACACAUUUCCGACGUUUUAAAUUUGGUUAUGGAUUAAAAUCCUUCCUCGCCUUUGAGUUAUUUCCAGCUGAUAUUACUACUGUAGGCUACAUACGGGCAGGCCAAGGUUUACCGCGUGAGCGCACCCCACUACACUUCCGCCUGGAACAGGUGGAUAGUUGUUUCUUACCGUCCACCUGUUAGUGGUAUGGGGAACCAGGUUGAAAAGUUGACACACUUAAGUUAUGCCGAAGUUCCGACCGCUGACCCAAACGGGUUCGAGCCCAAAGAUGACUGUCCUCGGAUCGGAGUGUCCUACAUAUUCUCAAACGACGAUGACGAACAGGAGGACAAUAUUGAUGGACCCAACAGUGAUCAACAAAACCAGGAAGAGAGGCAAUAUGACAACCGGAAUGAGCCCGAAUGCUUGGUAUACUACAGGGAGGAGUGCGUGUACGAGAAAAAUCUGAAGCUCUCAGAUAUGACCACAUUUUCGUCGGAAAACCUAUUGAAUAAAUGCAAACCCGGCGACUUGGUAGAGUUUUUGGCCACUGGCCAGUAUCCUCACUGGGCCGUGUACGUCGGGGGCUAUCAAGUAGUCCACUUGCACCGGGCUGAAAUAAAGAAUAACUUUCUGACAGACGCAAGUCAAGGGAAAAGAGGCAGAAUAGUAAAUGGGCUUUAUAAGUUCCGUGCGUUGCCUCCUGAGGUGGUGGUGCAGCACGCAAUGGAGCAUGUUGGGGUGCGAGACAGAGAGCUAUGCUGGAGAAACUCUGAGUGCUUUGCCGCCUGGUGCAGGUAUGGCAAGCGCGAGUUCAAAAUCGGUGGGGAGAUUCGUAUAGGAAAGCAGCCUUAUAGGUUGAAAUUACACAUUUCUGAAAAAAAUAUCCAUGUCCUGGAAUUUCAGAGCUUGGAGGACUUGAUUAUGGAGAAGAGGAGAAACGACCAGAUAGGCAAAGAUGCGGUGAUUUUGGAGCUGGCCAACCACCUUAAUGCGACGGAUGAAAUCAAGAAUAAUUAAUUGAAGGUUUUACUAAACCAUAAGACUGUAGACCUAUUGACCUGAUGAUUAAACCAAACCAGGUCUGGCAAAUAGGGCAAAGUCUUUAGCCUACAGUGUCCAAUCUUAAUAAAAGGUGAAAAUGCUCAUUUGGAACUCAGGGGUAAUAGAACACUAGUGAACAGUUUGGUUAAGGAGACCUUAUUGUACAUUGAUAUCAGACAAUAUUUCUUCAAUAGUUAGUUAUAAAUUAUUGGAGGGAUAAAGCUAUCUUUCCUGAGAACAAUGUUGAUACAGUUUUCAUAGCUAUGACUGUGAACUUUAAUUAAUGAAUUGAUUACUGGAUUUUGAAGAUUUAUUUUUGGUAUUAUGUUUGUAUGAGGAUAUAAAUAAAUAUAUAUAUAU